ACCCUCUAAAUUCGUGGAAGAUAAAAUGAAGUGGUUGACGAGCUACAAAAGAUUUGCUGAAAAAGUUGCAGAUUACCCGGAAUGAUAAUAUCCUUGGGACUGCUCGAUCGAUACUUGCGAUGUCUCAAUCCAAAGGUGUCGCCCUCGUAACCGGCUCAGCACAAGGACUUGGCCGUGCAAUAGCGAUCAGAUUGGCGCAGGACGGCUUCGAUGUAGCCCUCAACGAUCUGCCUGCAAAGAAAGCAGUACUGGAAGACCUCGCAGCCGAAUUGCAGCGAGGUGGGACAUCAGAAGGUCUCUACCAUCCCAAAAUAUGCGUUGUGCCUUGCGAUGUCAGUAAAGAAGACGAGGUGAAGCGCAUGAUCGACACUGCAGUUGACGUUUUAGAAAGCUUGGACGUCAUGGUCGCGAAUGCUGGAAUUGGGGUCAUGACAGAUAUCUUAAGUGAAACCUUAGAAGGCUGGGAACGCGUUAUGCAAAUCAACGCUACCUCUGCAUUCUUGUGCUAUAAAUACGCCGCAGUGCAGAUGGUGAAACAAGGGCGUGGCGGUCGCAUCAUUGGUGCCAGCUCCAUGGUAGGAAAACGGUCCGAGGCCGACUUGCUGUCGUACAGUGCAAGCAAAUUUGCUGUUAGAGGCUUGACACAAGCGGCCUCACUGCAACUCGGCCAAUAUGGAAUCACAGUAAACUCCUAUGCCCCGGGCAUCAUAGAAACACCUCUGCUCAUCGAAGGAAGGGCUCAGAGUGUAAAGCGAGGCGACAAGGUCGACUACUUUCAAGAGAAAAUCGACGCAUCUGCAGUUGGAUACGUCGGACAGCCGGAAGAUGUUGCCAGCGCUGUUGCGUACCUAGCUUCCGGGGAGGCCCAUUUCAUCACAGGCAAGCUUCCUAUCCCUCAAGUGUUGUAUGCGAAUUUAGUUCCAUGCGUGUUAGGACAAUGCAUAUCCAUUGACGGUGGGUUGAUACUGUCUUGACUGACCGCAACAUACAAUUGCCAGUGUGCAGUGCCCAUGAAACCACUGGCGCGAGCCGGAAUAUCCUUGGAUUUACUUGAUUCCAGUCAAAACGAACAUUUAACUUGUAUUAGAUGAUUUC